UAAAUAAUAAUUAAAAAUAUUACUGUUUCCCGAAUCCCGAAUUCGUAUCGUAAAAUUUGAAAAAAAAAAAUAUAUUUUAAGUUGUAAAAACAAUUUACAAUGUCCUGGCAAAUUUGUUAACGAUCUUGUUUACCCACAUACCAAACUAAAAUGACUGACGACCUAUCACGCGACGAAUCUGCCCGACAACGCCAAGAACGGUGGGAGCAUCAUAUGCACGGCCUUUGUAUACUCGACAAUCACUUGAAUGUUGAAAUGGAAAUAGCCUCUCACCGAUCAGCUGUACUCAACCAUCUUGUCGAGCAAGCCAACAGGGUUAAAGAUUUGUGGCUUGAAUUUCAACGAAAAUCUGAUAAUGGGCGUGUAUUGGAAGAUACUGCUGUACAAAUGGCUAUUGAACAACAUGGUCUGCAAAGUCAUAAUUUCCAUCAGCCGCAAUUGCAAAAUAUAACAAUUGUGUCACAACCUCCAAGUAAACCUCCAGAAAUAGAUUGUGAUGAUGUAUUUAAUCAAGCUGUGUCUGCAGCAAUCGUCGCAAAUGGAUUAAUGACUGCUACAGCUACUCAACAAGAACAUUUUAAUAUGUAAUAUUUUUAUGACAAUAUUUAUAUCAUCACCAAGGGACAACAUCUUGGAACUUAUGUAUUCGUCAUUACUUCAUACAACUUACAAAAAAAAUUUGGUAACUAUUUAUUGACACAGCAAUAUUAAAUCUUAAGCUACUUCAAUUGUAUUGAAUAAAAUAUGAUUAGGUAAAUAUUUUAAACCUGAAUAUGUGAUAGAAACACCAUUUUUAUUUAAAGUGUCAUUCAAUUUAUUGUAUUCAUAAAAUCUCAUAGUAUAUCUUAUUUUUAUUAUUUAUAACUCGUUUAAGUCUUCUUUUGCUUUACCUAAUAUUUUUAGUGAAAUAAUUUAUUUAAUUUACAAACUGUUUGUUUAAACUCUUGUAUGUAUUUUCUUUACUUAAAGUACAUUACAACAUUUUACAUUUUAGUAGUAAGUCUUUAUUUUACAAAAUAUUUUUUAUUUAAUUUGCAAGU